AUGGAUCUUUUUGGCGAGUCUAGUGACUCAUCGAGCGCAAAGCUCGACAUUCGAACGCGACCCGAAGAAUCGCUCAACCAUUUCACCAUCAACAAAGAGUUUGCCGAGCGGUAUCUGCACAACAAGCAGCGCGCCGAGAUUCACCAGCUCGAAGCAAAGUAUGGCAAAGAUGCGCUCGCUUCCGACGACCAAGAUUCGGAAACUGAUUCAGAGAGCGACGUGACCGAGGACGAGGACGGAGAUCAGGUCAAUGCCAAUGUAGAUGCUGCCAUCUUCCGCACUCUUCAGCGUAUUCGUAACAAGGAUGCGGCUCUGUAUGAUUCCAACACCGACAUCUUUGCGCAAGAGGCCGAAGCAGCCGAACGAGCCGCGCGGCUGUCUGGCUCGUCUUCGGUGGCUCCCAAAAAGGCAGGCACCACGAAAAAAGAAAAGAAGGUCACUCUGCAAGACUACCAGAGGCAAAGGGUGCAGGAGUUGAUCGAGACGACAGACAACCCUGCUGAGGCUUUGGCAGAGGCGACCAUGAGCGAUCGUGUAAAAGGCAUCUUGGAUCACGACGAGGAUGGCCCAAUGCCGUUUGCUCAGGAACAGGAAGAGUUGCGCAAGGAGGUCUCGCAAGCCUUUCAUGCUGGCAUUGACGAUCAAGACGAUCUGUUUGUCAAACGGUCCGAAGCUCAAAAUGGCGAUGCUUCCUCUUCCUAUCGAAACGCGGUCAUCGCAUCGCUUGGACCAAAUGCGGACGAAGAGACCAUUCGCCAAGCCAUCCGCCACAAUCAGCCUCACCAAGCAUCCGCGUCCACUUCUGUUCUCGCCGACGCCGAUAACGACGAAAAGAAAAACGAAGACUUUCUGCUCAACUACAUCCUAAAUCGUGGCUGGAUUGACAAGUCUGCCGACGAGGCACGGCCGGUCAAACCUCGACUCACCAAGGCUAAUUUGAAGAGCAAAGAUGAUGGACACGCUGCCGAGGGAAACGCGGGCAACAACCGAGUCGCCACAGAUCAUGCAUACGGUCGUGACUGGGAGGCAGAAGCUGCCGAGCUCGAAUCCGAGGCAUCUUUCGAUUCGAUGGCUGAUGCUUUCGAGACCGCCUACAACUUCCGCUUCGAGCAAGGACCCGAGUCGCUCACCAUCCCCACAUACUCGCGUACGCCCAAGGACUCGGCACGUCGUGAGGACAACACGCGUAAGCGUAAGCGAGAAGAGCGUACAGCACGCAAAGAAGAAGAGAAGCGACUCAAGAUGCAGGAACUCUCGCGACUAAAGAACCUCAAGAGGCAAGAGAUUGUCGAUAAACUCAAGAAGCUUCGCGAGGUGACUGGAUCGAGUGGCGUCGAUCUCGACAAUCUGGAUCUGGAAGCAGACUUUGAUCCGGACGCGCACGACCAAGCGAUGCAAAAGGCAUUUGGCGAUCAGUACUACGGAGAGCAAGACGACGAGAAGCCGAGCUGGGAUGAUGACAUCAACAUCGACGACAUCAUUGCUGAUCACGAGGCUGCUACCCCAUCUUCGAGCAAGAAGAACAAGAAGAACAAGCAGAGUCAUGCGGAUGAUGAGCAUACGAUCGAGAUGGACGCUGAUUUCAUGCAAGACGGCGAUGCUGUGGAUGGUCAAGGUAGUGCGGCUGCUGGAUCGAAAGAAGCCGCAUUGCGCGCGCGACUCGCCGACAACAAGCUGAGCAAGAAGGAACGUAAGAAGCUCAAGAAAAAACUCAAAGCUGCUCUUUCGAAAUCGUCCAGCACGGCCAACGGCGAUGAUGACUCGGACUCGGACGCCGAAGCCGGCGCUAACGGUGUCGAUGUUUCGGCCAUGGAUGCCGACACGGUCGCACCCACCCCGUCCUCUUCGUCGGAUAAGAAAGCCAUGGCCAAGGAAAUGAUCGACUCGUACUACAACCUGGACUACGAAGACAUGAUCGGUGACCUCCCCACGCGAUUCAAGUACACGCAGGUAGCACCCGCCGACUACGGCAUGUCGGCGGUUGACAUUCUGUUGGCAGAUGACGAACAGCUGAAUAGCGUUGUUGGGUUGAAGAAUCUGCAACCGUACAGGAGGGGUAAGAAUCGACCGAUGGAUCUGGGCAAGAAGCUGGGCCAGUUCAGAAAGGAUGUCUACGGAAACACAUCCAAGACAGCCGAUGGAGAGGAUAAGCCGGGCAAGAAGAGAUUGGGUAAGAAGGAGAGGAACCGGCUCAAGGCUGCAGCGGAAGCAGAGGAGAAGAAAGGCUGA